AUGGCUCCAAAGUAUACAAUGCAUGAUCAAUUCUCACUCAAGUCAGAUGUGUUUAGUUUUCGUGUCCUAAUUUUGGAAAUUGUGAGUGGCCAGAAGAACAAUUGUUUUCACAAUGGAGAGAAUGUGGAGGAUCUUUUAUGUUAUGCUUGCAAAAGUUCGCAGAAAGGAAUAAUUGCGAAUGUAGUUGAUCCCACAUUGAGGGAUGGUUCGCGUUCGCUGCGUGAAACGAUCAGAUGCAUUCAUAUUGGGCUGCUAUGUGUACAGGAAAACGUGGUUGCAAGACCAACCAUGGCUACAGUUGUUCUCAUGCUUAAUAGCUUCUCUCUUAUCCUUUCCCUCCCUUCAGAACCAAAUUUGAACUAUUGA